GAGUGAUAGCAUUACGUCAAGGUCAAUCGUCAAAUGUGAUGAGAUAACCCAUUUUUUGUAGAUUCGGUAUCAUUUUGGGUGAUAAGUUUAUUCCAAUUUUACUUUAGUUAGAACGGGUUCGAAAAAAAUGGCAACUAAAGUUCCAUUAAACGAUGCACCUCCCCCAUAUUCCACGGCUACUGCACCCAUAGGUUUUCAUCUACCGGAAAAUCCACAGUACACCACAAGCAGUAGUGGUAAUCCGCCAUACCCACCUGUCGGUUCCACACCUUAUCCAACCGAACAAGGACCAAUGCACCCUUUUCCUCAACCGAUCGGAAUCACCUCGCCGUCACCUUUGAACGCUUAUCCAACACACGCUGUAUCGGCACCUCUUAUGCAGCAACAACCUACAAUUGCAGCCUUGAACGCAACGCCGCGUUAUCAGUCUUACAGAGGGUUUGGAUGGAGAAAUCGUAAAGGUGGAGCCGUCAUCUCGAUAAUAGUCUUCGUGAUUUUUCUCAUUAUUUUUCUGAUUGUAUUCUCUACAAUUUUCAAGAAGUCGAGUGAAUUUCACAAGGAGUUUGAAGAAACCAGACAGAGGCAAGAGGAGUAAAUAGACCACAUUUGCCUAUAAAUAUAAUCAAUUGUACAAAUACGAUAAGGUGGAAAGCAGGUGGAACAGGAACAUUUAGGAAACUGGACCAUCAUGCUAUUUCUUAUCGAUUAUAAUUUAUUAUGCUUUUAUUUUUAAGUUGGCGGGGUCAACCCGCUAAUAAACCGGAUGCCUAAAGCUGGACUUAUAGGUAUAGCCAAGCAUACAAUGCCUAAACUGGAACAUUUGAUCUAUUUUUGAUACUUUUAUAUUCAUCUGUCUUAAUACAUACCUAAUCUAUUAUUCAGUAGAUUAUUUUGUUCAUAGUUAUUAGGUUAAUUAACAUAGGUAUUGUUCUGUUUCAAAUAUUUUUAUUAUAUGUAGGUAAUUUAAAUCUGUUUUGUAUAUUGUGGAAUUAUAACUGUCUAUGAAACUUUUAGACUGAAUCUCAUGCCUUCAUAUUGUAUUCUAACUGCUUUAUUAAAUUUUGGUCUUUUUAAAA